GACAAGCACUCCCUCUUCACCCAAUGGUCCCAAGCCCGCGGUGUCCAGUUCACCUCGAUCAAACCUGCAAUUAUCCCCGGCCGGGGUGUUGGCCUCCUCACAACCGCCAAGAUCUCAAAAGAUGACCAGAUCAUAUUCGUUCCGAAAAACGCAAUGUUCACGCCCAAAACCGCCGAAUCGCACACGAAAAAACCUUCGCCUUCGCCUUCGCCUUCUCCCUCCCCUCAAGCACAUCUAGCAAUAAGCAUCAUGUCCGAAUGCCUCUCCCCUUCUUCCCCCUACCUAACCUGGAAGAAAACAUGGCCAACCCUCUCAGACUUCGAAUCGGGUAUGCCUCUGUUCUGGUCCCCUGAGUUAUGCCAUCACCUGCCCGAGUCUGUGAAACAGCCUCUGGAGAGAAUGCGUGAGGACUACGAGAAAGAUCUUACGUACAUGUUGAGUCUGAAUUGUGAUGAUCAAACUUGGAAGGAGGAAGACUUCAAGUAUUAUUGGGCGAUUGUGAAUAGUCGAUGUUUCCACUUCAAACCACCUGGACUCAAACCAGGCUUUAUGGUUCUCUGUCCUUUUAUCGAUUACAUGAACCAUGGACCCACGGGGACGGGCGUGAAGGUGAGUCAGUCGCCGAAAGGAUAUGAGGUUGUGGCGGAUAGGGACUAUGAACCCAAUACGGAAAUCCUUGCAACGUAUGGAUCCCAUCCGAACGACAAGUUACUCGUCCACUACGGCUUCUGCCUUUCAUACAAGCCCAACGAGCCAUCAGAUGACGACAUCCGUCUCGACCACAUCCUUCUUCCAGCUAUGAGCGCCAACACAAAAUCUCAACUCCAAGAUGUUGGAAUGCUAGGAUCCUACGCCCUCUUGCCGCCUUCCGCACAGCGACAACAGGCGGAACUCUGUUUCAAAACUCAAGUCGCGAUCCGA